CCUCUAAAUAUUUGGCCUACCCGAUCUUUCAGGUCGGUAAGUGAAUUUGUCUCUACUCUUAUCUCUUCUUGCUGUAUCCAAGCUCCGACGUCGAGGCGGAUCAAGAACAAAAAGCCCCCCUGCCCAUCAUGGCCUCCUUCCUCGCAGGCCUCAGGGACCUGCUCAUGCAGCUCGUCGACCCCUGGCUGUUCAUGGGCAUCUCGGCCUCGCACAUCCCUCAGACGAUCCGCGACAUCGUCCUGUCCGGCGCCCUGUGGAAGCUCCUCUGGCCGCCUGCCUUCUCCAACGUGCUGUUCGGGAAUUUCUGGGCCACCAUCGGGCCGAGCGUCAAGGAGGCCGGCGAGGCGCGCGUCAUCCCCCUGCUCGAAGGCCGCGUCUCGGGCGGUCGCAUUCACGACACCGUCGUAGGGACGCCCGUUCAUGGGACCGUCAUCGAGGUCGGCGCCGGCAGCGGCAUGUGGGCCGACGUCUUUGCCCGCAUCGGCGCCGGCGCCGGCGUCCCUGACUCGGCGGACGGCGCUCGCAAGAGGAAGCAGGCUGGCGGCGCUGGCCCUGGACCUGAAAUCACCAAGAUAUACGGCGUCGAGCCGCACCCGCAGUCCGCCGCCGCGCUGCGGAAGCGUGUCAAGCAAGUUGGACUCGGCGACGUGUACGAGGUGGUCCCCGUGGGCAUCGAGUCCGUCAGCGACCCAAAGGCCUGGGACGGCCAGAUUCCACCCGGCAGCGUCGACUGCAUCGUCGGCGUCCUGUGCCUGUGCAGCAUCCCAGAUCCAGAGGAGAAUAUCAAGCACCUAUACAAGCUGCUCAAGCCCGGCGGUCACUGGUAUGUGUACGAGCACGUCAAGGCGACCCGCGGCGGGCCGCUGUUCAGCCUGUAUCAACGGCUCGUCAACAUCCCCUGGUCAUUUUUCAUGGGAUCGUGCCGUAUCUGUCGGGAUACUAAGAAGAGCCUCCUCUCCGCUGGGCCGUGGCACCAGAGUGACCUCGUCAGCCCGCCCGACGAGCCGGCAUACGCCGUCCUUCCACACAUUCUCGGUACCUUGACCAAGUAGCCACUCAUCGACAAAUAAGGGGGGGUAGGAUGUCGACUUUUGCUCGCAAUUCCAUUCAGGGGUAUCUUGCUUCCGACUCAUGUAGCUACAGUUCGUCGUCGUCGUCAUCGUCGAGCAGGAAUAUCGAUGUCCUCUUCGACUUUCCGUCCUCCAGUUUCACCUUAGCCUUCUUCUCGUUGUCGGACGCGUCGUGCUUGAUUGGCGUCUUGACAUCGUCGCG